GCAGCCCACCACCACCAUGUCCCCAGAGGCCCCUUGCUUGCCUGCCUGCCUGCCUGCCCCUCCUGCUGCUCAGUACAGCUGUGGCUCAGUACCAGACCCUGACCAGCUGGGAUCUCAACCCUGCCAGAGAGCCACGUGAAGAGCCACUGUGUGUGAAAGCUCCUCGCCUCUCUUCGCUGACUCUUCUUCAUUUGGUGAACCACAUAGACACUAACUCUAGCUACAGCUGCGAAACCUCUGGUACUGAGAAGAUCCUCUUUUGAGCAUGGCAGUGGCAAUCCAGGCCCUGGCACUUCUCCUGCCCGUGGCGCUUGCCCUGCUCAGCCUGGCACCGGUGCCCACCUUUGGAGGCUGCCCAUCGGCUUGUCGGUGCUCUUUCGCCAUGCUGCAGUGCCUGGAGCCCGAUGGUAUCACCAGCAUCCCGGCGCUGGCACUGCAAGAGAGCGAGAACGUGACGGAGAUUUACAUAGAAAACCAAGCAGGCCUGGAGAACAUAACAGAAAUUGAUCUUGUUAACUACAGAGAGCUGAAGAACCUCACGGUCACAUCAUGUAAGCUGAGGCUCAUCUCUGCCAAUGCCUUCCAACACAACCCCAAGCUCCAGUAUGUGAACCUGGCAUCAAACUCUCUUGAACACAUCUCCUGGAGGGUGUUUCAUUUUCUACCACUGCUCAACCUGGUAUUGAGGGACAACCCUCUUGUUUGCUCCUGUGACCUCCACUGGCUCCAGCAGUGGCAGCGUUAUGAACGUGGUGACCUGGACAACCAAAUGUUGUCUUGUUUCUCCAAUGAUCAGGAAGUACCCCUCAACUCUUUGGUGAUAGAUAACUGCAGUCUGCCUGAGGUGACUAUUGUCUCUUUCCAAAACAAGAUUCAAGAAGGAGGCAACCUCAAAUUUGAGUGCCAUGUGACAGGAAGGCCCACUCCCAAUGUGAGAUGGCGAACUGAUGAGCUCUACUCUCACUUCUUUACUGAGGAGAGAAUCUGGGGCUCCACAUUAGAGCUGGUCCUUUACCUCACCAACGUUUCCUCCAAUGACAACCUGCACAACCUAACUUGUGAGGCCGAGAACCAAGCUGGGCCCAGGGAGGAGAUGGUGCAAUUGGACAUUGAGUUUCCAGUUAAAAUCAUCUUCCUGAAGAACGCUGUGCCGCAGCACCACUGGUGUUUCCCCUUUGCUGUAGAUGGCAAUCCUGAACCAACCAUCACCUGGCUGUACAAUGGAAAUAAACUCAAACUGAGCCCCUACACAUACACCCAGCUCAUCCAUGAUUCAGGUGACGGAUCAGUGAUACACGGUUGUCUCUUCCUCAACCAGCCCACUCACCUCAACAACGGCCAAUACACUCUGAUUGCGCAGAACAAACUUGGAAGGGAUGAGGCCACAGCCAUUGGGGAGUUUAUGGACAACCCCUUCGACCCGCUCGAUGAUCCUGAGGGGAUAAUUCCAGUCCUUGAUGUGAAUCCAAUUCCUACAAACAAAUCAGACAUGGACGUCACAGAGAACGCUGAAAGUCGAGUGUUUGUGGUGUCUGUGGCUGUGGGUCUUGCUGUGUUUGCCUGCACUUUCCUUCUCAUCAUGGUUUUGGUUGUUAACAAGUGUGGCCAGCACUCCAAGUUUGGUAUUCACCGUUCAUCAGUUUUGGGCACUGAGGAUGACCUGGCUGUAUCGCUUCGUUUCAUGAACUUUGGAACCAGCCCGCCUUCCUCAGAUGAAGACUCUGGUUUAUCCAGCUUUGUAGAGAAUCCACAGUACUUCUGUGGCAUCAUCAAGGAGAAAGACAUGUGUGUCCAGCAUAUUAAACGGCAGGACAUUGUGUUGAAGUGGGAGCUGGGUGAAGGAGCGUUUGGCAAAGUCUACCUGGCUGAGUGUGCCAACCUCAGCCCUGACAGUGACAAGAUGCUGGUUGCCAUCAAGACUCUAAAGGACGCCAACGAGUCGACCCGGCAGGACUUCCAGAGGGAGGCAGAGCUGCUGACGGUGCUCCAACACCAGCACAUUGUGCGAUUCUACGGCGUCUGUACCGAUGGAGAGCCGCUGGCCAUGGUGUUCGAAUAUAUGAGGCACGGAGACCUCAACCGAUUUCUUCGAGCUCAUGGCCCUGACGCUCGUAUCCUGGAGGAGUCGAAGAUGCCCCCGCUGGGUCAGCUCACUCUGCCUCAGAUGCUGCACAUCGCCGCCCAGAUCGCCUCGGGCAUGGUCUACCUGGCAUCACUGCACUUCGUCCACCGCGACCUGGCAACCCGCAACUGUCUGGUGGGGGAGGGCCUGGUGGUCAAAAUCGGAGACUUUGGCAUGUCCCGAGACAUCUACAGCACAGAUUACUAUCGGGUGGGUGGACGUACGAUGCUGCCAAUCCGCUGGAUGCCCCCGGAGAGCAUCAUGUACAGGAAGUUCACCACAGAGAGCGACAUCUGGAGCUUCGGCGUGGUCCUCUGGGAGAUCUUCACCUAUGGUAAACAGCCCUGGUACCAGCUGUCCAACAGUGAGGCCAUCGAAUGCAUCACGCAGGGACGGGAAUUGGAAAGGCCACGCACCUGCCCCAAGGAGGUGUACUUGCUGAUGCAGGGCUGCUGGCAGAGAGAGCCCCAGCAGAGGAUGGUCAUCAAGGACAUCCACAGCCGCCUGCUGGCCCUGGUCAAGAACCCGCCGGUUUACCUGGAUAUCCUGGGCUAAAGGUGCUGAGAACCAACCAGGGAGUGGAGUUUACUCUAAUCAGGGGUGAUAAUUACUUUAAGCUAGUUCCUCUUGGUUUAAGUUUAAAAGUACGUCCCAGUUGUCCCAGUACCUGCUUUUCCAGCCUCGAUGCUUGAUGGACUAACAGUCUGCAGUGACCUUUCCACUUCAGUUUUACCUCAUCCUGGCUCGACCCCUGACCCCUGUUUACUGCCCCGUCAUUCUCUGGAAACCUGUCAAAUGUUUACCAAAGUGUUUAAUGUUUAUCGGAGGUGGGAUCAGCCUGAUGGAGGGACAUGCAUGGAUAAGUGUUGAAGUAACUGUAUAUAUCAGAUGAUGGCUUGUUGGGGGAUUUUGGCUCUGAAGUCCCUGCAAAGGUCUGUGAGCUGAGCUGUGGUGCAUUUUAUACAACUCUACAGCCAACACUUGUGUUGAAAUGCAAAAAAUGAAACAGAUGAUUACAAGAGAGCGCAUUCCACAUUAUGAAUCAAAAGUGAAAAACGAUUUUUCAGAUUUGGGUACAGCUAGCAGUCAUUUGUACAGUAUAAGUCACUGAUUUUGGAUAAGUUUUGAUAUGGGAGAUUAUUUAAAGGCUUUCAGUAAAUGUAUAUAAGAUAUCAAAGUUGUAAAAUCAAAACCUUCGAAAGCUUGUUUGUUUCUGAUGUGUCAAAUCUAGUGUAUCAUAUGAGUAUUUUUCAAAAACAAGAAAAUGUAAUUUAUUAUUAGCAGUGAAAGUGUGUGUUUACAUUUAAUGCUGUCUGUUUUGCUGUCAAAUAUGAACAAAAAAACAUACUUCCAAAGAACAGUUUGACCUGUGGCCUGCCUGCGAGGCUCAGACUCAGGAGUGGCUUUUGUACAAAUUAGCAAUGUUUAACACGCUACUGUAAUGACCUUCAAAAUCAAAGUACUGCAGUGAAAUUUGGUAAGGAGGCAAGAUGGUGGGGAGGUGCCACACUGAGAUGGUUUUAGAGAUAACAGAUGGAUAAAAGUGUGUGAAACUCCAGGAGAGGGACAGAUGGCACUGAAACAGAGACUUGAGGUGAGGCUAUCACCAUGGGGGGAAAAAAAGUUUAAAUUCAACCAUUUAGAGGGUGAAAGACUGAGUGUACACACCACUGUGAUGCCUACAAGUGUAAAUAAUAAAUGUAUAUACUCUGUAUUAAUGUCUAAAAUAUAUAUAUAUAUAUAUAUAUAUAUCUUCAUGUAUUGUUACUCCACCACUUUGUAUAUUGUCUGCCCUUAAAAAUAAACAAACUUGAUUAAAAAAUG